CCAACCAGAUGGUGUGCUGUGUCCCACGGAGGGAGCUCCCAAACAGGAAACAGCCCAAGCUGUUUGUCCCGAACAGCCAAAGUUUUCUCGUUGUGUUGUGUGGCUCACAGUUCGCGCCAUAUCAUACAGCAUUUUCAUAAUACACGGCACACGGGUUUGAGAUGAAAGAGUAAAGGAAUAAGAGAGGGGAAAUCCUUCUGCUACGGUGCUGAAAAGUGAAAAGAAAGGAGGAAUCGUGUGCAAGAAGAAGAAGAAGAAGAACAAUAGGAAGACAAGCAAAAAAAUAUGGAAGAGUCGACUCUGGGAGAACCGACCGGUAUGGAUCGAGGCAAGUGGGUACGUGUUAAUCUCAAUGAUGAAUUGAACACCGAAAUCCUUGAGGGAGCUAGUGAAGGUUCUUUAUCUCAAAGCAUCCAGGUUAAUGAAACGCUCAAAGCCAUUAGUCCAUCAUUUAUAUUUAAUUUUCAGAAGCCACUUUAUGAAUUAACUGAUGCGGAGAUAUGGAAAAUGCAAUUUGAUUCAGUUAAUGAUGCAACCAAAUUCUAUUAUGACUAUGCACGGGAGAUUGGUUUCAAAGUGAGGAAAUCUGACAAGGAAAUUUACAAGGGAUGUCAUGUUUCCCAAAAGUUUGUUUGUUCAGCUCAAGGUGAACAAAGUAUCAGAGAGAAUAGGAGAAGAGCACCUAAGAGGUUGACUAGGUUUAAUUGUACUGCAUCGUUUCAGGUGAAAUUAGAUCGUACAGCAGGAAAAUAUGUGGUUAAGUGUUUUGUUAGAGACCAUAGUCAUGAUCUUGUCUCAUCUCCUAGCUCUAUGUUCUUACAGUUGCAUGGAAGGAUAACAAAUGGUGAUGAGGCUCAAGUAGCUGAUCUGAGGGAUACAGGGGGUUUACAGAAUCAUAUUGAUGCUGAUCGAAGAGAUUCCAUUAGCACUGUGGAUGUUGACAGUGCAUUACUAUAUUUCGAGUCCAAAACUUUAAAGGACCCUGGUUAUUUUUACAGUCACACAAUUGAUGAACAUGGUCGCCUUCAAAACUUAUUAUGGACAGAUUCAAAGGCUUGUUUUGAUUACCAUUGCUUUGGUGAUGUGUUGAUUUUUGAUUCUACAUAUCGGAGUAAUGUCUAUAGAAAACCUCUUAUAAUCUUUUUUGGUAUAAACAACCAUCAUCAAACUGUUAUAUUUGCUGCUGCCUUACUAGAAGAUGAGACCAAGGACUCUUAUAUGUGGAUGUUGAAUACAUUCUUAAGGGCGAUGAAUGGACGAAAACCAAUUUCUGUUGUUACUGAUUGUGAUAAAGCAUUGCGAAAAGCCAUCAAGAAUCAUUUUCCAGAUGCCCAACAUCGCCUAUGUUCUUUUCAUAUCAGUGAGAAUGUAGUGAGCCAUUGUGCAAAUAUAAUUGGUGAUUUUAACAACUGUAUGAAUAUGGAAGGUACCCCAGAGCAGUUUGAGGAGGCUUGGAAUAAAAUGAUUAAUGCACGCAAUCUAGGUGACCAACAAUGGCUCAGUGACCUUUAUAGGAAAAGAGACCGGUGGGCAGAAACUUAUCUUCAUGGUCAUUUUUUUGCUGGUGUGAGGACAACCCAACGAUGUGAAAGUGAGAAUGCCUAUGUGAAGUGUUAUCUAACUAGUAGAAACAACUUAACGGAAUUCUUUCGACAUUUUGAAAUUGCAGUUAUGAACAACCGACAACGCGAGGCAGAGGUAGACUUUCAGUCAAAGAUGAAAAAACCUGUUAUAGGUGAACGAUUGAAGUUAUACAAGGAGCAAAUGGGUUCUGUAUACACGAAAGCUUCAUUUGAGAAAUUUUGUAUGAUUGCAGAUGAGGAAACAAACUUUGUUGUGGAUAGUACAGAGCACAUAAAUGACCACCAACGUAUACAUUUUGUUUGCAAAUGGGAUAUUCCAGAAUCCAGAUGGAGGGUGUUAUUUGAUUCUUCGAGCAUUGAAGCAAAGUGCUCAUGUCUAAAGUUUGAGGAAUUAGGGUUUCCUUGUGUUCAUAUGAUUGCUGUGUUUAAGGUGGAACACCUUCGCCUCAUCCCAGAAAGUUGCAUUGUGAAGCGUUGGACUCUAAAUGCCAAAGCCAAUAUUCAUCAAGGAGGCAUUGAUGCCUCCAUUCCUGUUUCCAAGAUUCUGUCUAUAGGUCGUUUCAUUAAGCUAUUAAAUAUGUCAUAUACUGUCUGUUACCUGGGUGCAAAAUCUUAUAAUACAUUCAAUGAAACCAUGGUUGGUUUGAAUGCUCUGAAAAUGUUCUUGGAAGGAGUGGAUAUUGAUAGAGGAACAGGAUGCCAAAAUCUUUUGGGGGGUCAUCCAAGUACUAGAAAUACGAAUAAAUGAUGAAACUUUGGUUCGUGAACCACCUAUAGUGAAAAACCAUGGAACAAGUUGGAAGUUGGAGGUGAUUCACAAGUUGUGGUAGGGUGGAUGAAUGGUUACAAAGUCCCAUGGAAAUACAGAAAAUCUUGAGAGAAAUACACAAACCAAGGGAAGAGAUAAGGGUGAGUGUAAGAUGGACACCAUGAGAAGCUCUCAAACUGGCAGAUGGUUUGGCCAAAAAGGGACAUUAUGGGAGCAAUUGUACUGGGGUUAAGUGGUUUAAAGGGGGCAGUUCUUGUAUUUUUUGAGGUGGUUAGCUGAGGCCAACUUUUCUCAAGGGCAUUUAAUCUUGAUGUAAUUUGCUUUAACUGUAUAUUCAAUAGAAUUUCAUUUGUUAUUUAUAAAAAGAAGACUGGUGCUAUAUUUGUUUUGAUCAUGUACAUUUAUAUUUGAUAAUGGAGGAAAUUUAUUAAUAUAGAAGGAAAGUAUACAAGUGGUUUACUGAUCCCAAUUUCCAGCCAAAAUCAGGGGUAGAGAGCAAUAGCACAACGACAAAAAAAAGGCCAUGCUGCCAACCUACAAUCCUAUAAACCUAUACUUGAUUCAGACCAUGUAAACAACUCCAAAGGAAUGACCCAUCCCAUUUUUGUCUCCAAUAUGAUCCCCAAUAGAUGAGAUUUGAUCAAUUCAACUGAUCACACUACCAAAGGCACUGAAAAGAAACUACCUCAAUCAGCUUCAGUAUUAAAUGACCUUUCAUCUUCCUGCCACCCACCUUUUUCACCCCACUUUUCUUGUUUUUCCUUUUCCUUGAAACAUCCACUCUUCUUUUGACUGUCCAAUCAUUGUUCUUCACGUGGCUAGUCCCUCUCCAUCUUAUCAUCUUCUUCUCCAAUCCCUUCUUUCCAUAGCUCAGCUUCAGCAUAAGAGACCAUCCACACCUUGAUCACCAUCUCCUCCACAUGCAACUCAAUCAUGAGCUACACCUUCUCUGUUUUUUUUUUUUUUUUGAUAAUUGUGCUACACCUUCUCUGUUCUCACACCAGUUAACUUCACCUUCACUGAUUGAUAGCUACUUCUGUGUAUUUCUUCUGCCAACCCUCCACAGAUUCUGGAUAGUUGAUGAAUAAUCUCUUCAGUCCACAAGUGAAAGGGUAGGCCAAGGGUAUAAAUAACAAUUAUUCCAUCUUAUGCAACAUGCUUUAUGAUGAAGGAAGAUUUGGCCCGACCUCUUGACCACUCAACAC